UGCUCUGUUCCCCUGUCUCGUAUAUAUGCUCUCCCAAAUGGAAAGGAUCAGCACUCAGAGCAUCGCUGUAUCAGACGAAAGCCGCGAAAACCAAAUAAGUCCAAAUCUUUGACUUUGACUUGGACUCGACUUUCAUCAUGGACGAGUCAACACCUCCACCGCCAGAUAUCGACGCAUACCCACCCCCACCCCCACCAUCAGCAUCAACAGGCACACCAACAGAUUUCUUGAAAGGCGUGGUCGGGAAAAAGGUCAUCGUGCGUCUCACAUCAGGUGUUGAUUAUCGAGGCGUGCUUUCAUGUCUAGAUGGAUAUAUGAACAUUGCGCUGGAGCAGACUGAGGAGCAUGUGAAUGGGGUAGUUACGAAUCGAUACGGGGACGCGUUCAUUCGCGGGAAUAAUGUGUUGUACAUUUCUGCUGCAGAACCGCUAUAAUCAUAUAGUCGCUUUGACUCUUAUCGUACAAUGUGAACAUACUUCAUGCAGAUCCUCGUUAUGAACGCGGCAGCCCGCAAUGCAUGUAUAACUGGGGACCUGCCUACUACUACACAGUUGUUCACACACCAAAUCGACGCCGAUCCCAACAACUUUGAUUUCUAUGCCAAUCGUUCAUUCGUCAUGGCGAGACAGCUUGCCUGGAAUGACGCGCUUCAGGAUGCGACCAAGUCAGUUAGCAUUGAGCCCUCCUCGAUUGGCUAUAUCUCCAAGGGCCUCGCCCUCUGCGGAAACCAGCAGGUGCACGACGCAAUGGCAGAAUUAGACCUCGCGUUCACGUUCACGAACGCAGACCCAAAGACGACUCAUUUCCUUUUCUUGAUUAAGG